ACCUGCUUGUGUUGUUUGUGGCUUUAGCCUUUUAGGUGUGUGAGGUAAGGUCAGGUGAGGUGAGCGUUAGAGUUGCAAUGGCAGUGGUGUCCACAUCUCUCGCAUCUCAAUUGUCAGGCCCGAAGUCCGCAAUCUCUUCUUCUUCUUCCUGUCCACCAUCACAAUUCAGUGGAUUGCGUCGCUCAUCCCUGAACUUGAAGUUGGAUCAGUCUCAGUGUCUCUCUUCCUCCUUCUUUAAACAGGUUGAUUCUCAUCUUCGUCUCUCCGCCGGUCGACGACCUUGCAGAGGUGUUGUUACAAUGGGUGCUUCUGGAAAGUUUUUCGUUGGUGGUAACUGGAAGUGUAAUGGGACUAAAGACGCUAUCAGCAAACUUGUUGCUGACUUGAAUAGUGCAAAAAUGGAGGCUGAUGUUGAUGUUGUUGUAUCACCUCCCUUUGUAUACAUUGACCAGGUCAAGAGCUCAUUAACAGAUCGAAUUGAGAUAUCUGCUCAGAAUUCUUGGGUUGGUAAGGGUGGAGCCUUCACAGGAGAAAUCAGUGUGGAACAGUUGAAGGAUAUUGGCUGCAAGUGGGUAAUUCUUGGUCAUUCUGAGCGGAGGCAUGUUAUUGGUGAAGAUGAUCAGUUUAUAGGGAAGAAAGCUGCAUAUGCAUUGAGCCAGGAUCUCAAGGUAAUAGCUUGCAUUGGAGAGAAACUUGAAGAACGAGAAGCUGGAAAAACUUUUGAUGUCUGCUUCCAACAUAUGAAGGCUUUUGCAGAUAAUAUUCCCAGCUGGGAUGGUGUAGUUAUUGCAUAUGAGCCUGUAUGGGCUAUUGGGACUGGCAAAGUGGCCACUCCCCAGCAGGCUCAGGAAGUACAUGUAGCUGUUCGUGAUUGGCUUAAGAAGAAUGUCUCAGAAGAAGUUGCUUCGAAAACACGUAUCAUCUAUGGAGGGUCUGUAAAUGGGAGCAAUUGUGCUGAACUUGCAAAACAAGAGGAUAUUGAUGGAUUUCUUGUUGGUGGUGCUUCCCUGAAGGGUCCUGAGUUCGCAACUAUUGUCAAUUCUGUAACGUCCAAGAAAGUAGCUGCUUGAUUAUUCUUGUAGUUUCAGCGCAGAAGGAAGGUCUAAUAACCGCAAUCUAUGAUCAGCAGGGUUUUGAUUGUGCCCAGUUUUCCCCUUCAUGAGUAAAGCAGUUGCUUUAGCUUUUAUGUUGUAA